CUCAAAGUAGGUACACACACUUGAAGCAAUUCAUUAACUAUAUAAGUUGUUUUCCCUCAGUGGAGAUCAUGACAUGGUUGUUCCCCUUCUGGGUACCGAACAAUGGAUAAAGUCGCUUAACUUGACCAUUGUAAAUGACUGGCGCCCAUGGUUCGUUGACGGCCAAGUUGCAGGAUACACACAAAAAUAUUCAGAACAUGGAUAUCGUUUGACUUACGCCACUGUCAAGGGUGCAGGUCAUCCAGCUCUAGAAUAUUAUCGCAGAGAAGGUUAUGAGAUGUUUCAAAGGUGGAUACAUUGGUAUCCUCUCUAGAUUAUGCUCAGAUUACCAGAAGGUUCAUAAUAAGAUUCAGUAUUCACUAAGCGCAAGUAGAAAUAAUGUUAAGAGAUUUUAGAAAUGAGUGUGACCACUACUAUUUAUGUUGCGUGGUGUUUAUUGUAAUUGCAAAUCAGAAAUCAGUGUGAUAUAAUUAUUUAUGUCACUUAUCAUAUCAUCCCAUGUUCAUUAACCAUAUACAGACACCAAUUCACAAACGUAUGAUAGGAA